CCGCUGAACUUUAUGGUUGUUAUGUACAACGUGUGCUUCCGGGAGUCGCCACAACGUCGUAAUGUUUAUGAAAAAUGGCUUCUCUUGAUAGAGUUAAAGUACUAGUUUUGGGUGAUUCAGGUGUUGGGAAGUCAUCUCUUGUGCAUCUGUUGUGUCAAAAUCAAGUUCUGGGUAACCCGUCGUGGACAGUUGGCUGCUCAGUUGAUGUGCGGGUCCAUGACUACAAAGAGGGAACUCCAGACGAGAAGACAUUCUACAUUGAACUAUGGGAUGUUGGAGGAUCUGUGGGUUGUGCCAGUAGCGUGAAAAGCACCAGAUCAGUUUUCUACAACUCUGUCAAUGGCAUUAUAUUAAUCCAUGAUCUGACAAACAAGAAAUCCUCGCAGAAUCUCUACCGCUGGUCAUUAGAGGCGUUAAAUAAAGACUCGUCACCUACAGGUGUUAUCGUUACGAAUGGUGACUACGACAGAGAGCAGUUUGCUGAAACAUCCCUCCCCUUGCUUGUGAUCGGAACCAAGUUUGACCAGAUAGCAGACAACAAGCGCAAUGACGUGCUGAAGAGAACCGCCUUCCUGUCCGAAGACUUUAAUGCAGAGGAGAUAAACCUGGAUUGCACAAACCCACGAUACUUUGCAGCAGGCUCAUCAAAUGCAGUGAAGUUGAGCAGAUUCUUUGACAAGGUCGUAGAGAAGAGAUACUUCACAAGGGAUCCAAAUCAGAUGACUGCCUUCUCGGACAGGAAACGCUUCAACUUCAAGAGCCUUCACUAUGACUGAGUGGUGUGCCAGGGGACAGGCACCCAGACACCUUCCCCACAGGAGCAGCCAAGCUGCCUCAGCUGGCAGAUUGACCAAUGACGACUCCCUUCCUGUACGCACCAAAGACAGACUCUAAUCGGACACUAACCCCCUUCCCCCGCCCUCGGGGGCAAUGAGACUCUGUCGCUCAACACAAAUGUCUGGGAUCACUGUGAGAAAGGAGCCUCCAGUGUAAACGCUGCACUGGGGAAUGAGGGAAUGGAGUCAGUGGCCUUUCUGCUGAACUCUGCUGCUGAUUGGAGGAGUAGCCUUGGCGUGAGGGGAAGCCUUUGCACCACAGGGAGUUAAAUCAUACCCUGACCACAUGUUUUAACCAAUCAAAUUGCUGUUUAUCAGCUAAUCUCAAACCAGGUAAAGAUGAGGAGUUGGGUUUCCUUAAACCCCCUAUAAUGGGUGGAGCUACAAAGAGCUGUCAAUUACUGACUUUAAUCCAAUCAAAGUCAGUAAUUGUCAGCACCAAAUAUCAUAAACGCAGUCGGGUUUGCUGCAUCGUUUAAACGCGCAGCCUGUUGAAUCUGUGUUUGUGGGUCAGAGGCGUUUGAACCAGUGGCCUUUCAGUCUCUCUUACAGGGGACAAAGUGAAUGUGUGGGAGAGGGGUUUUGUACUUGAUUUCUGUUGGCCUUGAGUUUUUUUUUUUUCUUCCAGGCAUCAUCGGGUCUAUCUUACGGGCAUUAGGCUAAAACACAGCCUUAGUUUUCUAAGCAUUGCACUAUCUCAGAUGCAUACUCAUAAGUCCAGGACAUUAUACAAAAUGUAGGUCUAGAUCGUUAUUUCAUAAGAGGUGACUUUAUACCAGUCCAUAUGUUUAAUCAAAGUGAAACUUGAAUGGAGCGCUGUAAACGGGCGGGCACUGUCUGUGCUAUUGUGAUUAAUGGCAUUGAUUUGCUGGUACCUUCGUAACAAAGAUUUAUGAAUAAAUCUGUUUACUGUA